CCCAAAUAAUCUUCUGCUUAGUUUCCCUGAAGCCAAACUUCUCCACAUCGCCAGCAUCAUUCUGCUCGUUGAACGCAGCGACGCGACACGAAGGGCCCAUCGGUGGGAUUGUUGGUAUUCGCGCGCCAUCCUCCUCGCAAACGCUCCAGCUGUCUUCCUCCUCGCCCACGGCCUAUACAGACUCUUCCGUCCGACAUAAUGUCACACGUUGUGGUGUUCAACUCGUACGCAAGGACAAUCAAGAUUUCUACCACGCCGGUGAAGUACUUGACUGAGGUGCGCGACGAGGCGUGUCAAAAGUUCGGCGUUAGCAAAGACCAAUAUACGCUGAAGUACAACAACAAGCCCAUCUCCCUAUCCCAGCAAAUCCGGCUUGCGAACUUGCCGCAAGGUGCCCGGUUAGAGCUUGUCCAAGCUUCGCGGUCGCCCACCGUCAUAUCAGUCGCGCUUCAGCUUCCAGCGUCCGAGAAGAAUGUCCGUCUUACACAAAAGUUUGCGAGCAACACCUCAUUAUGGGAGAUACUGCGGCAGUUUGAGAGUGGUCAGGGUGCGAACUACAACUUCACACAGCGCGGGGUGCCAGAGAUGAGUGGCACAUCAGGCGCAGGUCGGCUGCACUACGAGAUGCCUGUCAUUGCAGUCAUGCCAGGCCAUAAAGAGCAAUCGAGCUUCGUGGAGCUCCAGCAGACGUUAAGCCAACUAGGAUUCGACAGUGGAUCAGCCCUUUUAAAGCUCUCGUACAAGAACAGCGGACAGCCAUUAGAGGAGGCCAUGGCACAAAUAUCGCAGUACUUCAAGGCGGAGGAGCCUGCAUCCGCUAGUGCAGCAGGUACCCAUGCGGCGACUUCGAUUCAGGAAACCUCGAGCCCAGGUCCCGACCUAGCUGUUCCAGACGCAGCAGAAAAUAUCGCAGACGAAGCUAUUCAAAAUGACGGGCCAGGUCCAGAACCAAUGGAGGUAGACUCAGCACCCGUUAGUGAGUCACUACCAGAAUCUGAAGUCGCUACACAAACUCCUGCGAUUCAACACCCCGAGAGUGUCUCUCCAGUAGCAGUAUUAGCAGAAGCAACAUCAACAGCAGCAGCUGCACCAAUAGAACCCUCCACACUAUCAUCGCCGGCUAUCGAGAGGCCUCGCAAUGUACAGAUAUUCUCGGCGCCGACAUCAUCAACACCACAGGCUGCACGGAACACGUUCAAUGAGAACGACUACCUCCCCACCAUCGAGCACGCAAAAUCACACCAAGCUGCACUGCAAAGCAAGAUGCGCAAUACCCGCCUCCUCUCUGACAAAGAACUUGAAGAACAAGAAAAGGCUCAACAAGAGAAGAUUGAGGCUGCCGCUGCCAAAGGCGGUGCUCUCCGUAUCCGCAUGCCCGAUGGCUCACUCAUCCAAAUGGACUUCACAAAAGCCGACACUGCAUCCGGCCUCUAUACGUUUGUGCAAUCCUUCCUCGAAAAGAAGAACGAGCCCUUUAAACUCAACUAUACUUCCCCAACCGGGCGCCUCGUCCUCAUCCCACAAGACGAGAACAAGCGCUUGAUUCAAGAUUUGAAGUUCUUUAACAACGAGUUGAUCACUUUCCAAUGGGCGGAGAAUGCGAGUGUGGAGGCAAGAGCAUCACGGAAGACAUUGGCACAGGAGUGGCAGGACAAGGCAACGACUCUGAAGGUUGAAGAUGCAGUGCAGCGUGAGAAGCCUCAGGCACCCGUCAAGGGCCAGACGGUUGCUGAAGGAAAGAGGAAGGCGGGGAUGAGCAAUGAGGAGAAGGAGAGUAAGUUGAAGAGUUUACUUGGUAAAGGUCUGUUCAAGAAGAAGUAACGGCCUCAUGGGGUAGGAGCAAGGCCGAGGCAGAUGGAUUUAGAUCAUAAGGCAUUGCUUUGGAGUCUUAGCGAGAGAGCGAUUUGUUCAGUAGGUAUGCAUGUGCUAUAUUGGGAACCUGUCUACAGCAAUGCUAGUCCCGUGACGUACGUGUCUAUGAAUAUUGAAAUAACAUGCACUGCAAACUCAUCCUGCAUAACUUACAGCAACACAUCUGUUGAGCUGACGAGCUGUUAUCUAGAAAAACAUUUAGACUCA